CCGUUACAGGAAGUGUUGGUUUGGUACAAAGGACACGUGAGAGUGGAUGGUAGAGAUAAUCUAGUAUUUCCAUUAAUUCCCAGGACAUGUCACAGUUUCUGUCUGGACCCUGUCAGAUGAAAUGGCUCUGUCACUGCCAGCUGCUGGACUUGUGGCUCUUGUCUUCUUCACAGCACAAGUGAUCAUCGCAACAGAAAGCAACACAUGUGUUGCCAGGAACUUUGGCCAUGGCUCCGUGGUGUGUGAGUGUAACUCCACGUACUGUGACAGUGUCGGGUCAGUGACCCUGCCCCCGCUGGGACAGUUCUCCUCCUACCUGAGCAGCGUGGCAGGCAGCAGACUGGAGUCGGGCCGGGGUCGGGUCCAGGUGAACAGCACCGGGGCAGGCCUCAGAUUGACCAUCGCUCCCUAUCAGAAGUACCAGAAGAUCCGGGGGUUUGGUGGAGCGAUGACAGACGCAGCAGGAAUUAACAUCCUGUCGCUCUCUGCUGGAGCACAGGACCAGCUGCUGCGACAGUAUUUCUCCAGUGAAGGUAUCGGCUACACCAUUGUGCGUGUCCCUAUGGCAAGCUGUGAUUUCUCCACCCGUCUGUACACCUACGCUGACUCCGCUGGAGACUACAACCUGGACAACUUCUCUCUGGCCCCAGAGGACGUCAACCUGAAGAUCCCUCUACUGCAGCGAGCUCAGGCCCUGUCUCCUCGCCCCCUGUCUCUUCUGGCCAGUGCCUGGAGCGCCCCCGCCUGGAUGAAGACUAAUGGUGCACUCAUAGGAAAAGGCUCCCUGAAAGGCCAGCCUGGUGGCAAGGAGCAUAAAACAUGGGCUCAGUACUAUAUCAGGUUCCUUGAGGAAUACGCUAAAUAUAACUUGACCUUCUGGGCCUUGACCACAGGGAAUGAGCCCUCUGCCGGACAGAUGACAAACUACAGUUUCCAGGCUCUGGGCUUCACGCCUGAGGAGCAGCGGGACUGGGUGGCUCUGGACCUGGGCCCUGCACUGCAUGCCUCAUCAUUCCCUCACACACACGUCCUCAUACUGGACGACAACCGUCUGCUGCUGCCUCACUGGGCCAAAGUGGUCCUAACCGAUGUUCAUGCAGGAAGGUACAUUCACGGCGUGGCAGUCCACUGGUACAUGGACUCCUUUGUCCCCGCUGAGUUGAGCCUGGGAACCACCCAUCACCUGUAUCCAGAGUAUUACCUGUUCGGCACUGAGGCCUGCGCCGGGUGGAGCCCGCUCGACAGAGGGGUGAAGCUGGGGAGCUGGGACCGGGCUGAGCAGUACGCACAUGACAUUCUAGAGGACUUAAAUCACUAUGUCGUGGGCUGGACUGACUGGAACCUGGCGUUGGAUCAGACUGGUGGGCCAAACUGGGUUAAAAACUUUGUGGACAGCCCUGUAAUCGUAGACUCAAAGCGUGACGUCUUCUACAAGCAGCCGACAUUCUACAGCAUCGCCCAUUUCAGUAAGUUCCUGUGGGAGGGGUCUCAGAGAGUGGGUGUGUCUGCCAGUCAGGUCACACAUCUGGAAUUCUCCGCCUUCAUCAGACCAGACGGCUCAGUGGUGCUCAUCAUACUCAACAGGUCGUCGUCCGUCAUCCAGUUUGAAGUUUGGGAUCUGGCUGUGGGCUACAUCCCCUCCACCGCCCCGGCUCGUUCCCUCCUCACACUGGCUUGGAACACUCACUGAUCAAAACCACAUCAUAUUUACAGGGGACUUGUUUCAACUAGAUCCAAAUCAUAGAAGUUGAAGUUCAGGGAGUCGUCAUGGGGGUGAAGAGGUCAUGGUAAAUGAUAUCAAGUCGAGCAUUUCUCCACAGGAGUGUAUUGCAGCGGUGCAUUUAAAGAAAGAUGGAAAAGUUGGGAAGUACAGAAGUGAUUUCAACAUUUCACGAGAUAAGCUUGUAAUGAUUGAACUCCCGAUCGACAAAGAUGGUCAUUACUUUGAGUACGUCUUCAGCCACUUAAAUGCACUUCUUUUAAAAUAACUGCUGCAAUUUUUGUUUAUCGACCAUGCCUUUUCUGCAGUUUUUGUGAUUUUGUUGGUCACUUAAUUAAAUUAACCUCAGCUAAUUGCACUUCGUAAUGCACCACUUCUGAAUGAAACACCUCAGCAGAACGACCUGUGCUGCUGUGUAACUGAUGCCUUAAUUUCCAGGUAAUAAGAUGCUUUAAGUGUCCUCAUCAUGUCGGAGCACUGAAUAAAUUAUAUAAAUAAUGUACAGAGUUCGUAAACGACUACGCUUGUUUCUGUUUUGAAUAAAGCACAUCUUGUUUUAAAAUA